AUCCCCUCUCCAAGCGCACGUCCCUUGAAACGCAUCGGCGUGCCAUCUGGGACUGACCUCACACUCAUCUCGCGCCGUGUCACAACUUGUUUGCCGAUCCCAAAUAAAAAUUACCACAUCUGGAGAUAAUCAGUCUCCAAAGAAUGGCUGUUUAACAUGCCCCCCCCGCCGCCGCUCAUUUGAACUAAACAGCGGGCGAUUCUUUAAAGCUUCUCUCCACUGACAUCCACAGUCCGUCAGUUCGCGUCUGCAGGAAGCCACGCAGUCGGUUCUAUUAGGCUCUAAAUGACAUAAUUUGGCACAGAGUUGCGACGAGGCAGACUGCUAUAUCCAGGACUGCUCCUGCGUGGAGCAACUGCUUCUUUGUUCAAGUGCGAAAACCUUCUGAGAGUUCUCCCAGGUUGCUGUGGUCAUAUCCGCGGCGAGCGCGUUCAUCAGCUGAUGUAAAAAACCCCCCAACAUAUACAUAUACAUAUAUGUCUUGUUGCCAGGAAGGGGGGAUUUUGCCAGUUGAGUAACAGGUAGAAUUUAAACUUUGUGUCGGUUCUCUUGGGCGCCAAGUCGAUAAACUGGCAUCCCACCAGGAUAAACAACACCUUUAAUGCACGCCGUCUUAUUAAUCUCUCUCACACUUGACGCUCAAACAGAGAGAGAACCCCUCUCUCGCUCAGAGCAGUGAUGUGGGCUUCACUUGCAUUUAUUUCAAGCGCGUUUAGGAGCUGUGACUUUUGAACCGCUGUUUGCAGGAAUCGCUCCUCCAGGAAUCCGGCGACUCUUUGUGCGGUUUGUGUGUGUAUGUGUGCGUGUGUGUGUGGCGUUAUUAUUAUUAUUUUCAGCACCACGGACAGCUGCCUGGCACGCGGCUCAAACUUCAGCCAGCUACGCUCACCUCCUUCAUCCACCCUGCUCCCCAGCUCCUCUGUAGUUCACAGACACACUUGCUUUAGGCUUUAAAAAGAAAAGCUCCAACAGUGGCGCGAAGGAUAUGCGUUUAGUCUGCACCGAGGAUCCACUGCACGGUAGCGCUGGAAACUGAGGAACCGUUGGCAGGCUGUAAUCUACAAACACUCUGAAGAAGAGAAGGACGCGGAGGAUGGCAAUGAUGCUGUAAAUGGCCUCUGUCAGAAUAAAAACAGUGGAGCUUUGAGAUCUGGUGGGGCUGCUGCUGCACCUUCUUUUCUUCAGUGCCGCCGUAUUCCAAAGCCGACCGGACGCUGACCAGAAACCGCAGGCGGGACGGUGACUUUGUUUUGCCCAGGGAUAUGUCAUUGGGGAAAGCCCCUGUGUUGGGGGUGCGCCCUGUGCCCCGACCCCUCUGGCUGUCCCACCUCAGCCUGCUGUGCUUAUGUGUGUCUCUCUUUGCCCAGGCUCCCCAGGGUUUGCCUGUGGUGGGUUACAACACUGACACCAAGAAAGAGAUCACACUGGAGGGAGAUUUGAUGAUCGGUGGCCUGUUCCCUGUGCACCAGAAGGGCGAGGGUGCAGAGGACUGUGGAAAGAUCAAUGCACAGAGAGGGAUCCAGAGACUGGAAGCCAUGCUCCUGGCAUUAGAUGAAAUCAACAAGGAUGAACACAUCCUUCCUGGGCUCAGACUGGGAGCUCAUAUACUGGACACAUGCUCUAAGGACACCUAUGCUCUGGAGCAAUCCCUAGAGUUUGUCAGGGCCUCCCUCACCAAAGUGGAUGACAGUGAGUACACGUGCCCUGAUGGCUCCUACGCCAUCCAUGAUGAUGUCCCUCUGGCUAUCUCCGGGGUCAUAGGAGGGUCCUACAGCGAUGUCUCCAUUCAGGUUGCCAACCUGCUGCGACUUUUCCAGAUCCCUCAGAUCAGCUAUGCUUCAACCAGUGCCAAGCUAAGCGACAAGUCCCGCUAUGACUACUUUGCCCGCACCGUGCCCCCCGAUUUCUACCAGGCUAAGGCCAUGGCAGAGAUCCUACGUUACUUUAACUGGACAUACGUAUCGACAGUGGCAUCAGAAGGUGACUACGGUGAGACUGGCAUUGAUGCCUUCCAACAGGAAGCACGUGCCCGCCAAAUCUGCAUUGCCACCUCGGCCAAGGUGAGCCGCUCCAUGAGCCGGUGGAGUUAUGAAAACGUGAUCCGCUCCCUGCAGCAGAAGUCCACCGCCAAGGUGGUCAUUCUGUUUACCCGCAGCGAAGAUGCCCGUGAGCUGCUGGUAGCAGCCAACCGCAUGAAUGUGACCUUUACCUGGGUGGCAAGUGAUGGCUGGGGAGCCCAGGAGAGCGUGGUGAGGGGAAGUGAAGCUGUGGCAGAUGGGGCGUUCACCAUUGAACUUUCCUCCUAUCAAAUUCCCAAGUUUAAUGAUUACUUCACCUCCUUACAUCCAUACAACAAUACCAGGAAUCCCUGGUUCAGAGAGUUUUGGGAAAACCAGUUCCAGUGCAGCCUGCAUGAUCUAGGCUGUGGGAAACAUUCGCUCCGGGAGGUUCCAUUUCAACCGGAAUCCAAGAUCAUGUUUGUAGUGAAUGCUGUCUAUGCAAUGGCUACUGCCUUACAUAACAUGAGGCAAGCCUUGUGCCCAAACUCCACCAAGGUGUGCGACGCUCUUAAACCUGGCAAUGGACGAAAAUUUUACAGAGACUAUAUUCUCAAGGUCAAAAUUGAUGCCCCCUUUCGUCCUCCAGACAGAGACAAUAUAGUCCGCUUUGAUACUUUUGGAGACAGCCUUGGUCGUUACAACAUUUUUCACUACCACAAAGACGGGGAACGCUAUGUCUACCGUAAAGUCGGCUACUGGGCUCAAAGCCUGAGCCUGAACCACAGCCUGAUUCCCUGGCCUGGUGAUGUUGCGCCCACCUCCCAGUGUAGUGACCCCUGCAGGAAGAAUGAAGUGAAGAGUAUGCAGCCGGGAGAUGUGUGCUGCUGGAUCUGUAUCCCCUGUCAGCCCUACCAGUACUUGCACGAUGAGUUUACCUGUGCUGACUGCAGCUUUGGACAGUGGCCCCUGGCCAACCUGACAGGCUGUUAUGAUCUGCCUGAGGAGUACAUCCGCUGGGAAGAUGCUUGGGCCAUUGGCCCUGUCACCAUUGCAUGUCUAGGGAUCAUGUGUACACUCUUUGUUAUUGGCCUCUUCCUUAAACACAAUGAGACACCAGUAGUGAAGGCUAGUGGACGUGAGCUCUCCUACAUUCUUCUGCUUGGAGUGCUGAUGUGCUAUUGCAUGACAUUCAUCUACAUCGCCAAACCUUCCACAGCUGUGUGCACGCUACGCCGGCUAGGCUUAGGCACCUCUUUUGCCGUUUGCUACUCAGCCCUCUUAACCAAGACCAAUCGCAUUGCUCGGAUCUUCAGUGGAGUGAAGGAUGGAGCCCAGAGGCCUCGUUUUAUCAGCCCAGCUUCCCAGGUUGCCAUCUGUGGUGCUCUGAUCUCUUGCCAGCUGGUAGUGGUGGUGGUCUGGCUGCUGGUGGAGACCCCAGGGGUGAGGAAGGAAGUGAACCCAGAGAGGAGAGAUGUGGUCACCCUGAAGUGUAACAGCAAGGACUCCAGCAUGCUUAUGUCUCUCACUUAUAACUGCAUCCUCAUUAUCCUCUGCACAGUCUACGCCUUCAAAACCCGCAAAUGCCCCGAGAACUUCAAUGAGGCCAAGUUCAUCGGCUUUACCAUGUACACCACCUGCAUCAUCUGGCUGGCUUUCCAGCCCAUUUUCUAUGUUACUGCCAGUGACUACAGGGUACAGACCACUACCAUGUGUAUCUCCGUCAGUCUCAGUGGGUCGGUGGUACUGGGUUGCCUCUUUGCUCCCAAGAUCCACAUCAUCCUGUUCCAGCCACAGAAGAAUGUCAGUACACUCAGGGUGAACACCACCCGCUUCAGUGUAAACACUGGCCCCGGCUCCAGUUUUUCUCAAGCAUCGGCCUCCAAUGUUGUUCCAACAGUGUGUAAUGGACGGGAGGUGGUGGACUCCACAACAUCCUCUUUGUGAAGAUCAGCUGAGUUAUAUUUUAUUUUAUUUUUUUGCCAAGCAUUGUAAACAAAGUUAUAUAAUCACUAGUCCUGAGUCAGGUGUCUCAGAUAUCGAAGAGGUCACACAGAUGAUCGUCCUGACUUUGUUGUCCUCAAAGUGCUGUGAGUACAAUGUCCCGAUUAUUUUCUUUUGUUCUUUUACUCGUAGCAUAUUUUAAAUGAGAUGCCAAUAAAGUCGCAUAUAGCCCUUGUUUUUGAGGAUUUUACUUGCAACAAUGGAGUAAAUUAUAGUAAAUCUGUUAAAUGUAAUAUAUACAAGACGUUUUUAAUGUAGAUUCUGGUGAACCAGUUUGUGCUUUCUUGUAAUUUAUGUAAAUAAAAUGUGGUUUUUAUUAAAACUGAAAU